AUGUUGGGACGCGGCGUGAAACGGAAGUGGAGCUGCUUGGAGGAGCUGGACGGCGAGCUGCUCCCGGCUUCGGCGGUGGACGCAACGGGCCAGAUGUCCGGCCCGGGCCACGUCCAGCAGCGGCAGCUGGUGCUCAGCCUCUGCCUGCAGAAGCUGCAGCACUACCAGGCCGGCGUGGAGCUCAGCCUGCGCCGCUCCGUGCUGCUCAUCAACACGCUCCGCCAGCUCCAGGGGGAGACGCCGGGCCACGCCGGGCCGGACGCUCUCCUCGGGGACGACGCGCCGGUCACCUGUCCUGGAUGCGCGGAGGGAGACGGCCUGUCUCCCCCAGAAUCCCCCCCUCAGGAGGCCCAGGCCUCCCCCGACCAACAGAAACCUCCACCCACCGGCCUCGUCAACACUUUCAGCGACGCGGCAAACGCCAUGGGCUACCUAACUGACGUCGCCCUGGACGAUAUCUUCGAGGACAUCGACACGUCCAUGUACGAGACUUCGGACCUGCCCUCCGCCUGGGCGGCCGGUCCCCUCUGGCCAGCGGUCAGCGUGUCCCUGUGGCCCGACGAGGACGUGAAGUGUCGCGCCCCCGGCCAUUCCACACCUGGAAGUCUACAGUCAUGUCUAAUGGACUUUAAUGAACUAGACCACAUCAUGGAGAUUCUAGUAAAGUCAUGA